AUGCGUGUUUUUCAGUCGCGGACGCUGAGGACGGAGGAGUUGGCAUAUCCGUCGGUACGGGACUGUGUGGCGCUACAUAUGGGUGCUCUGCAUAGUCUAACCCUACCGGUGCCGAAGAUGCCCACCUUCAUCUUCAAGACGAUGGCCAAGUUCUUGCAGCAACUGACGGGCACACGACAACCGCCGAUGCGUCGUCUGCUUUCCUCUGCCGCUGCUGCUGCUUCCUCGACCAACGCAACCCUUGGUGUUGGUACCGCUAGUGAAGAGGAAAAUGGACUGCCCGAUGACGUACUCAUUAACAAUCCGCCGCCGGGCUCGCUAACCACCUCCCAACUCUUCGGCUCAACCUCCUCCAUCGGCUCCAUUCCUGAACCCCAGUCGCAUCUAUUCAAAUUCGUCAGUGAAUGGAGGCUUGUUGAGGAGUUCGAGUGGCUCAGCUGUAUUGACAUUGGCAACUUCUUUAAUGAAUGGACUUACAACAACCGUUACCCCCACCAUCCUGGAUUUGCGUAUCUGCCUGAAGCCUAUCCUUCGCGUGAAGACCAGUUGGCGUUUUGGCGCAAGUACCUGACGGUGUACAACUACGUGGAGAAUGGUGGAACACUGCCGGGGACGUACAUUCAUCAGAGUCGACGGGUGCACUCACACAGCGUCUGUGGACUGCCACCCAUGGAAAUAACCAAGCUGCUGCGUUCUCCGCCCUCAGCGCCGAUCUUCAAAGAGGACCAUGACGAGGUUUUUACUAUGGGACUGGGUGUCGGUGGUAGCGACGGCAUCGAAAGCACCGGUAACAGCAAUGUGGAGCCUGUGUGGGACCCCGCGCUGCGGUGCCUUUCCGAGUUGGAGGAAGUGCGCCACCUCGAGGAGGUGACUCUUGCACCGGAGGAGGAAGAAGCUCUUCUAAUCGAGACUACCUACGGCGCCCUCAUUUCCCACCUCUGGUGGACUCUCUGGGCUCUCAUCCAAAGCCAAAUCUCCAGCAUCGACUUCGGAUUUAUUGAAUAUGCCGAGUCAAGAAUGACAGCGUACUACGACCUAAAGAAGACAUUGCCUGCCUCAGAGUUUCCCAACGGCGAAGGCCAAUGCAUUGACCUACCCAACUCGCGGAAGGCAAACGGUGAGAUUUUUGAUAUGGAGCUACCUGCCAAGGUGCAAAGGAACGGUGACAGCAGCGAGGCCCGCCCGAACGCCUCUAAUCCUGUUACCGCCUUCUACGUCGUUGAGGAAGACGGGUGA